UAUUAAACUAAGUAGAAAUAACAGCCUCAGCAAGACAGUUUGCAUGUUAUUUGCUAUGUGAUAGCAUUCACUGCAUGCAUUAGUACUCAGUCCUUGCUAAUGCAUUUAGUUGCAUCAUAAAUAAGCAAAAAUAAAAUUAAUGGAUUUGAGUUUAUGGUAGACUUCCAUUAGGGAUUUUGCUCUAGCUGCCAAUACAUCUAGAUUUCCUGGGAAUGAAUUGCUUUAAUCACUCUGUAAUUCUUUGCAAAAACAAACAAACAACAACAACAAAAAAAAAACUUAACCAUGUGAAAGUGUUGCAAAUGCAUUCAGAUCUAUGGGAAAAAUCCCAGUUGCCUCUUGCUUCUAGCGUGAUGUAUUACUACAGUGAUAUAUAUCCUCUUAUGCUUGAUCAGACACUGAAAUAUUCAAGCAGUUACUGCAGUUUUUUACAUAGAUAAUGGUAUCAAAUAUGUUUAUGGUCUCACAGUAUAAUUAGGUACUUGGAGAAACAAGUCUCUGGAAAGGGAACAUCUUUGUUAAAAUACAGUUUCCCACAUGCUGAAGAUGAGCAGUAGUAUAACGAAGCACUCAUGCACCUUCUAAAAUGCCACUGAGGAUGAAAAAGCAAAGUAGCUGUCCUCAUUUUUGAAGAAUUUUGCUAUGGUAUACUUCAUACAAAUACUUUCUGGAGAUGGAGGAUGGUUUCUAGAGAACAGGACUGAACAGUGGAUCUUGUUCACCCUAUUAGAGCAAUGUAGUCCUGGGAGGAUCUUCAAGAGCUUGUUUGAACCAAAGCUGGAUGGCAAUGGGGCUCUCCCUGCUUUUUUCUAACAUGCUUAGAGCCCUUCAGCUAUGGGAGCAUCAUACUGUUUCCAUGUCACCCAAUCUUCUAGUAUUUGAAGGCAAAAGAUUUUUAAUUAUCACCUGCUUUUUGCUGUGUUCUGAUCCCACUGUUUCUUGCUGCAUCUCAUUAAAAUGUAGGAAGAAAACCAUUUUCAGAGAGAGAUUCAACGUUGCCACAGUUCUAAUGAAGACCUGUACUAGACACCUCUGUGCAGUGUUCCAGGUGUGCAGGCUGAGCAACUCUCCAACUUAUUCAGUUCGUUUCUCCAAUACUUAAGGAUGCCUUGCUUGCUUUCCCUUUCCUGGAGGCACUCAGGUCCAGGCAGGAUGGGGGCUGUCUCACUCAGGCUGGUCUGGUGGAGGGCAACCAGCCCAGGGCAGGAGCGUGGGACUGGGUGGUCCUAAAGGUACCUUCAGACUUAAACUGUUCUCUGAUUCUGUGACUUGAACAAGUAACUGAUCUGGAUAAUAAGCUUAGCUUAGUGGUGAAGCAAUUAUCUAUUUAAGGGCAAACAUGGAUAAUAACUAGUAGGAAAAACAGGGCACACGCGGGGGUGGAGUUGCCGAGCACUUGUAACAAAGGUGACUCAAGGCUGGUGGCCUCAAUCUUUAGGAUGGCUGCUGUAAUCAGCAGGAUGGACAGACCCCUCUGCAGCCCAAACACAGGAGUCUGAGUAGCAGCUGUGGCAGAGGCAGGCGGCUCACCGUGCCACCGAAUGUGGGGAGUGCGGAAGUGGAUGGAGCUCGUUUGGCAGCAGCGAGCGGGACAGGCUCACCGACGCUUUCAGUUAAAAUACAGAGUCAGUAGCUUGUGCGGGAGUUUUGCCUCGCCGGGGCCGAUCUGUCAGCACACCGGCGCCAGGCGGGAUCGCGGAGGCCCCGCCAGGGAGCGCUGUGGGCGGAGGCGUGACCGGCCGGGAGCGGCGCUCGGGCCUGGGGUGUCCGCUGCCUUCCGCCCGCUGGUGUCCCCCGGCGGCGGUGGGAGCGGAGGAGGAGCGGCUCGGAGCGAGGAAGCGCCGCCAGAAGCCAUGUCUGCGCCCACCGGGCUGCCGCCGCGGCCCGCCGGUGCCGUCGCCGCUUACCCGGGCGGGCCCGUUGGCUCUCGGGAGGCCGCGGCCCCUCAGGGCGCUGCGCCGCGCUGCCAGAACGGUCCCGUGCAGAGUCAAAUGCAGUUCCCUGCUGGCUAUGGCUCACAUCCUCCGAACUACAGUGCACCCUCAGGACACUAUUCCCAAGUGCCCAAUAAAGCUGUUUCAUCACCUUUGGAUAAUCAAUAUAGAGCCAGUUACCAAUCUCCUUACUAUUCAGCACCAGCACAAAAUGUUAUGACGCCACUUGUGGGAACCAAUGUGUUGAAUACACGGGAAUCACAGCAGUUCUACAACAAAACUCCUCCCCGUACAGUGGGGUUGACUGAAGGACCCGUUCAAGGAGCAAUACCAUCUGGAUCCUACUUGCAUACAAGUGCACAGCAGUCAUAUUCUGCAUUUGGUGAUCACUACAACACUUCAGUCAGCUCUUCAGUUGCAUCUCAGGGAUUUCCCCUUAAUUCUGAUCAUUACGCCAUGCCCGUGGUUUCUAGUGCCGUGUAUCCUAAUGUUUCCUAUCCUCCUGCAGCUGCUAGCAGCAUGUAUGGGCAGGCAUUUACCUCUCAGAGCCUUCCUGCAGCCGGACAGUUCAAAGAGACAAACACAUUUUCCAGCCAGAGUACAUCAGUACCUCAUUCACUUCAACAGCAUGUUCCUGUGGGAUAUAACUCUACAUUAUCAACUAUUUCAUCUGCUCAGUCCUUUCAGGACAACCUCGGCAAGAAUCUCACUGGAUCCGUUGCUAAAGUAAACAACCAAGUAAACAGAGGUGGCAUUGAUUCUUCGCAGCCCGUGCACUCUGUGAGCCAGAGCGUUCAGCUUUCCAAGCCUGGGGUUGGGGCACCUGCUUCCUCUGCUCUGAUCUCCUCAGUGAGGACGCCGGCUCCAGGCCUUUCUUCACAGCCACGGUCCUCACCCUCCAUUACGCAGUCACCCGACUCAGCCCUUCAGGAAGGCAUGCAGUAUGGUGGAUAUGUUAAUAACCAAGCUAGCUCUGCACCAACUCCCUUGUCAUCAAGUUCAGAUGAUGAGGAAGAGGAUGAGGAGGAUGAGGAAGCAGCACUUGAUAGUUCUUCUACUACUAGCAGUGCGUCUCCUGUUCUGAACAAUUAUGAUGCCCUGGAAGGAGGUGGCUAUCCAGAGACACGCUCUGUGACCAGCAGCCCAGUUCCUACUCCACCAGCCCCUCAAGCAUCCAAAACUUCUAAGCCCUUUGGUUAUGGAUAUCCAGCGCUGCAGCCUGCCUACCAAAAUACGGCACCACCUACUCCUGUGCAGCCUGCUAAUCCAAGCCACCAUCCUGGGUUUCAGCAUUAUCCGCAGCAAUAUCCAGGUGUGAACCAGCUGUCAUCUUCCUUAGGAGGGUUAAGUCUGCAGCAUUCUCAGCAGCCAGAAGGCUUGAGACCUGUAAACCUUACACAGGAUAGAAAUAUUUUACCUGUAUCUUCAGUUCCAGCUCCUGUGCCGAACUUGAAUUCUGAUCUUAGGAAAUUAAACUGCAGUCCGGAUUCAUUUCGAUGUACGUUGACAAAUAUUCCACAGACACAGGCUUUGUUAAAUAAAGCUAAACUUCCUUUGGGUUUGCUGCUACAUCCCUUCAGAGACUUAACGCAAUUACCAGUGAUAACAUCAAGCACAAUAGUGAGAUGCAGGUCCUGCAGGACAUACAUCAACCCUUUUGUUUCUUUCAUUGAUCAAAGGAGGUGGAAAUGCAAUUUAUGCUAUAGAGUUAAUGACGUUCCUGAAGAAUUUAUGUAUAAUCCUCUGACACGAUCUUACGGAGAGCCGCACAAACGGCCAGAGGUCCAAAAUUCUACAGUGGAGUUCAUUGCUUCCUCUGACUAUAUGCUUCGUCCUCCUCAGCCUGCGGUAUAUUUAUUUGUUUUAGAUGUCUCUCAUAAUGCAGUGGAUGCUGGAUAUUUGACAAUAGUCUGCAAUUCAUUGCUGGAAAACCUAGACAAGCUGCCUGGAGACUCAAGAACAAGAAUAGGAUUCAUAACAUUUGACAGCACGGUUCAGUUUUACAACUUGCAAGAAGGUUUAUCUCAGCCUCAGAUGCUGAUUGUUUCAGAUAUUGAUGAUAUUUUCCUACCUACACCAGAUGGCUUACUAGUAAACCUCCAUGAAAGCAAAGAGCUAAUAAAAGAUCUGUUGAAUGCAUUACCAAAUAUGUUCACUAAUACAAGAGAAACGCACAGCGCCUUGGGCUCUGCUCUUCAGGCUGCAUUUAAGCUGAUGUCUCCAACGGGAGGUCGGAUAUCUGUUUUUCAAACUCAGUUACCAUCUUUGGGUGCAGGGCUUUUGCAUUCCAGAGAAGAUCCCAAUCAAAGGUCAAGCACAAAGGUGGUCCAGCAUCUUGGUCCAGCGACAGAUUUCUAUAAAAAGCUGGCAUUGGACUGCUCAGGCCAGCAGACUGCUGUGGAUUUAUUUCUCUUAAGUUCACAGUAUUCUGAUCUAGCUUCCCUUGCUUGCAUGUCCAAGUACUCUGCAGGAUGCAUCUAUUAUUACCCAUCUUUCCACCAUAGCCAUAAUCCUGCUCAGGCUGAAAAGCUGCAGAAAGACCUUAAAAGAUACCUUACCAGGAAGAUAGGAUUUGAGGCGGUUAUGCGCAUAAGAUGUACAAAAGGUCUUUCAAUACACACUUUUCAUGGGAACUUUUUCGUCCGAUCUACUGACUUACUGUCUCUCGCCAAUGUCAAUCCUGAUGCUGGGUUUGCAGUACAAAUGUCCAUUGAGGAGAGUCUGACUGACACAUCCUUAGCUUGUUUUCAAACAGCUCUGUUGUACACUUCUAGCAAAGGUGAACGUCGAAUUCGAGUGCACACACUUUGCUUGCCUGUAGUAAAUUCACUGACUGAUGUGUAUGCAGGAGCUGAUGUACAAGCGGUUGUAUGCCUCUUAGCAAACAUGGCUGUGGAUCGCUCAGUUUCAUCUAGUCUUCCAGAUGCAAGAGAUGCCUUAGUUAAUGCUGUGGUAGACUCUUUGUCAGCAUAUAUGUCAACUGCCUCAAACCUGCAGCAGUCUAUGCUGAUAGCACCAAAUUCCCUCAAGUUGUUUCCACUCUACGUUUUGGCUCUUCUCAAACAGAAAGCUUUUAGAACAGGCACUAGUACACGCUUAGAUGAUCGUGUUUAUGCAAUGUGCCAGAUAAAGAGUCAGCCUCUCGUUCACUUGAUGAAAAUGAUACAUCCCAAUCUGUACAGAAUAGACAAGUUAAUUGAUGAGAGUACAAUACAUGUAAAUGACAGAGUUGUUCCUCAGCCUCCUCUUCAGAAGUUAUCUGCAGAGAAGUUGACAAGAGAAGGAGCUUUCCUUAUGGAUUGUGGUUCAAACUUUUUUAUUUGGAUUGGAAAAAACUGUGAUAACAACUUCAUAAAAGAUGUCCUUGGAUAUCCAAACUAUGCGUCAAUACCCCAGAGAAUGACGCAGCUUCCUGAGAUAGAUGCACUUUCUUCAGAAAGGACACGGUCUUUCAUAUCCUGGCUUAGAGACAACAGGCCUUUAAGUCCAGUUCUCCAAGUAAUAAAGGAUGAAAAUCCUGCCAAAACAGAUUUUUUUCAGCACUUAAUUGAAGAUCGGACAGAAGCAGCUUUCUCUUAUUAUGAAUUCUUACUGCAUAUUCAACAGCAGAUUUGUAAGUGAACAAGAAAUAGAACAGAAAAAAAGAACCCGGCUCCAGGUAGCAUUGGCCGAGAGAAGCGUACGGGAAGCUGCAGAAGUGGGUGUUUGUUCUUCACAAUAUGUAGUAACCUGAACUGUUCUGGAAACUUUACAGCUAAAGGAGAAGUAUACAUUUCCAGAGGAAUUUUGCAGAUAUACUUCACUGUAAAAGUGCUAGGAGCAAUGAAGCUGUUUCACUAGUAAUCUUUGAAUUGGUUCAUAACGUUUCCAGUAGUGCAGCGGUAUGGUGCUCUGUUUAUUGCAAGCUGGUGAAUUUAUGUAGCUAUGUGGGAUAUUUCUUAAUGAAAUGUACAAUUAGGUAAAGCCUUUUUUCUUACGUUUGUUAUGGUAGCCCUUCAGAAUUCAGAUUCUUAACCAUGAUGUCAAAGGGCAGUGCUGUAUGUUGGUCAUUUAUAUGAAUUUCUUUUUAAAAGGAAUGAUUCGUAUUUACUAAAGACUUCAGCAAAUUCCCUGCGAAAGUUGUAGAAUUUCACUAAAGUAAAAGAAUUGUAGAAAUGAAAUAUAUAAUGUACAUAAGUGUUACAUUUGUAAAGAAAAUGUAAAAAUGUAACUAAAAAAAGACUUAGCUUAGUGUACGGAACUGUUGAGUGUUCAAUGAUGAAUUGUUUCGGUCUCAAGUUGACUAUUAAAACAUGCUUAAAAAAAAUUCCUGUAGAAAGAACACAACUUCUUGUUCUGUUUAAUUUUUAGGUGAAUUUAUUUAAGAUUGGCUUACUAAUUAAAAAUAUUUUGCUUUAUCGUGUGUUUUUUAUAUCUAUGCAAGUAUCAUGUUUUUGCAACGGAACUCUUAACUGAACAACAUACUGAGGAGAACAUGUUUACCACUUCUUUUUUCACAGACAUCCAAAAAACCGUGGAAUGGCUUUAAACUGAGACAGGAGAGGUUUGGCUUAGAUGUUGGGAGGAAGUUUUUCACACAGAGGGUCGUGA